AUGGGUAGAAGCAGCACAGCUGCGUCCCGGAGGAGGGAGCAGUUUAAGGGGCUGGAGGACGGCUACGGCUACGGAGACGCCGGCCCGCCCCAGCCCCAGCAGCAGCGACUACUUGCCGCUCCUCCGUCCGGAGCUCCUCUGCAGGACCGUCGGGUGCUGCUGCUGGUGGUGGGCACCUCUGCUUUCAUCGCUGCUGCUGGUGGGCAACGCCGACGCCCUCCGAUCCCCGUCACCAACCCCCUGAGGCAUCCGCCUCUGCCUGUAGAAGAAGGGUUUGAGUCCGCAAAUAACAGAGUGAACAUAUUUUUCUUUGAAUCACAGGAUUUGAAUGCACUCUUGCAACAUCCCUUGCAGCCCAAGACAUUCUCACGCCCCUAUUUGGCUGGGGCGGGUAUAUCACCAUUGCUUCAAAAGCAACUAGAAGAGUUGUCCAAGAGGAAUGUAAACAGUAAUAGCAGUAAUGACGAUAAUAAAGGGUCACGAUUUGUUAUUAUUGGCCAUGAUCGUGUGGAACCGUUGCAAGCUCUUCAAGAUUCUGGACAAGAGAUUUGUGUGAACAUGGACAAGCAAAGGGAGAAGAGAAGACUUGCUAAGAAUUGGAGGCGAAAGAAACACGAAGAGAAGAAAAGCACACAGGAACAAAAGAGAAAGGACAGGAGAAGUGCUAAAGAGAGGGACUAGAUAAUAAAUGAAAUACUGAAAGAGGAG